UACAAUAUCUCCGAAAUACAAUUUAAUCUAGAUCCAUGCGAAUUUACCGGGAAAACUGCAGAAGAAAUGUCAAGUUACGUUGGUGCUCGAAUUCAAAUUGAAACGAGGGAAGGAAAAUAUGAAGGUAUACUUCAUUCUAUCGACCCUGUAACAAAACUUAUUUCCCUUAAACAAGCCACUGCAGUGCCGUCUGGUCAAAAGUACUUAGGGCUUCUCAACUUCUAUGGACAGGAAAUUAUUGAAUUAUUGGUUUUGGAGGAGAAUGAAACUCCACAAGUUGUGGAGAGCAGUCAUGAACAGAAAGACAUUGAGAUCCCACAAGCCAGGAGCUAUGAUGAUCCAGACAUCCCAGAGAUAUUUGAUGAUUAUCAACAAGGAAGUCAACAGAUAAACUCCUAUGAAACAGGAGAUUGGGGUUAUGAUCCUGGUCCUCCGUACAGCGAAGAAGUUACUCUUCCUCAAGAACCAGAAGAUAGUAGGCUAGAUGACUAUUCUCAGGAUCAGUCACACCAAGCUGUAUGUGAAGGAAUAAGUGAUCUGAAUCUAAACAAGAUCAGUCCUUCCCAGCAGCCUCGGCAUGAAACUGCACAAUCCCCUACUCCAGCUAGACAUCCAGAAGUGACAACAGAUAGUAAUCAGAAAAAUUAUAUUCUCAUCAAUAACCCUGGUGACGUCUUUGACCAAGCUAUUGCAGAUAUGGAGGAGCAGAGUGCUAUAGGUUUAGUACUCAAAGGAUCCAGACUAGGAAGAAAGGGAAAGCUCUCUCUUGUUCUGGUAUUAUGUGAAGAGCAGGUAUACAUGUUCGAUGUAUUGGCAAUUCCAUCCCUUUUCACAAGAAAGUUCAUUGACAUUCUGCAAGCAUAUGACAUCACCAAGGUGAUUCAUGAUUGUAGAUUUGUAUCGGACCUCCUGUAUCAUCACUAUGGAAUACAACUAAACAGUGUCUUUGAUACACAGGUAGGAGACAUACUGAUCAAGAAAAGACAGUAUAUGGGAGACUUUCCUCGCCAUGUUAGCGGAACAACCCAAUGCAUCCUAGAGUACCUUGAGAUUAGUAUCCAUGACAUCGCUAUGCACCUCGAACAGACAGAACGUAUUGCAGAAAAUGAAUCGUCAUGGUUUGAGCGCCCUCUUUCUAAAGGAAACAUCCGAUGUGCUCUUCUGGAUACUGUAUACUUGUUGCGUCUCCGGGAGGCUAUCACAGAACAGCUGAUGGCUGAAGUCACUUGUGCUAUAGAUAUCUACCUGACAGUGGAGCGUGACAGGCUUGAAGUCGAUCCAAAGAAGACAUCUUCCAAUGCUCCCUAUGUCCCGAGAGAGUUGAUCAAUGAUCUUCAUCGAAGGGUCGCUCAGGUUGGAAUGAUAAACAAGAGGGUUAAACCCAAGGAACUGUCUUUCCCUCAUCGUCCUCAUUCAUCCACCAGUCAAGAAACGGUUCAUUCUCCUCCCAAGGUCCAUUCUCCUCCUAAGAGACCAUCAGGUAGAGGUGUGUAUCUGGAUAAUCGAGGUCAAGAUACCUACAGGGGAUACCAGAAGACCUCACCAGGAAGGACAGCCAAACCUCUGGGACAUGAACCUCCAAGACCACCUUUAAUGAUGGGAAUGUCAGAGACAGAAGAAGACAAAGAGGACAUAGAAGAAGUGUCGAGUGUGAGUUCUGAAGACUCUGAUGAGGCUUUCGCAGACAGUAACGAGAAGGAGCUGUGGCAACAGAGAUAUUCAAAGAAUGUUAAACCUGUGACUCUGAGAGAAGCUUUGUCUGCCAAAGAAAAACAUGAGGACAUGGUUCCAGGAUAUCAUGAUGAAACACAGUCCACCAGUGAUCAUCAGAGUCCUGGACAUCAGCAACCAAAGGACAGUUCUGCUACUUCAACAGUGCCUUCUAGAACAGAUCAUAACAACACAAACGUUUCUAUUGCAAGUGAUGCCAGUGGAACAGGUGAGACAAAUCUAAAAUCAUCAUCAGAAGACAAAUCAAGAUCAACCAUUGGUGGUUCAAGAACUGCUGAUUUGAGUGAUCAUUCAUAUUCACAACAUCCAGGUUCUACAGCAUCUCUAAAGCUAACAGAUCUUCGGCAAAGUGAUGCAUCUCGGAGACAAGGUUCAGAAGUGCCAAAGACGUCAUCCAACAGGCAGCCUGGAGGUGUCAUUCAGAGGAAGCCUAGUAGUGACACAGGAACAAUCAGUGGACAGGUGUCUUAUGCCAAUGCCUUAGCAGGGAAAAAGAAGAAGGACGAAGAAGAGCUAAAAAUGAAAGCAAAGAGGACAUUGAAGGCUAUUGGUAAAGCUUUGGCAGCAGGAGAAAUUUUCAGUGAUGAUACUGAUGAUAGUAAGGAUAAAGAUAAUGAUGUUGAUCCUCACAAUGGAUACGGUGGACACUCAUCCUAUGAGCAAGGCUACUCUGGAUACAGCAGUAGGAAGAAGCAUGUACCUAGCAAGGGCAUUUCAGAUCAGCGUUCAUCCCCAUCAACAGGGAGAGGCAGAGCAUCUCUUGUUAACCAUCAAACACAAGGCUUGAAUGCAAGACAAUCACAGCACCAGAGUAGAAUUCCAGGAGGUUUAGGAAUGAGAGGUCAAGGUCGCACAGUUCAAGUUGAUUUUCCUACAGCUGAAGAUAUGGAGUCUGCUCCAGAAAGUGUACCUGUACCUGUUGGAAGUACCUUCUUAUCACAAAGGGCAAUAUAGAUCCUCAAAUACCUGUUCCUCCUGUUCCGUUUCACAAAUUGCUACAAUCAAUCGUACGGUUGACCAUAAUCAAUGAUGUGAUCUUCUAUUACUCAGACAUUCAUGGUUUAGUGACCUAUCUUUGAAAAUUUGAGCCUGGCCCAAGCACUGCAAUACGGUCCCCUCCAAAGAUCUGGUUCCAGUUAAUAUUAAAAUCAUACCUUUUUCCAAUAUCCGGGGCCCGUAACACAAAGGUUAGCGGUCACUAAAUGUAAUGGCCUAUCAAGAUCAGUGUUGCAUGCGCAUUUUACUUGGUAGACUGAUGAGGAGCCAAUAAGAAUUGUUCUUUCAAAUUUGUGAUCAAUGGCUUACCUUUGUGUAACUGGACCCUGAUGCCCAGGCAAGCAUUGGGAUCAGGACCCUUCAAACUUCUCAAACUAGUAGCUCAUCAUCAGAAUGGGGCACUUGUCACUCUCAUUAUGACACUGCUUGUUGUUAUACAGUUAUUGUCUACUACGAUUGACAGUCACUGUAACAGAUUUUAUUGGACUCACAGAAUUCAGAAGUCAACAGGUUAACCCAUUGCCCACUGGAACUUGAUGGUCUUGUCCAAAGCCUAUGUAGAUUACAGAAUUCAGUAAUCAACAGUUCAACCCCAUUGUCUACUAAAACUAGGUGGCCACUGUUCAAAACCUAUGGGAAUUACAGAAUUCAGAAGUCAACAGGUUUAUUUGUUACCUUCUAGAACCAGAUGGUCCUUGUACAAAAUCUGGUUCGUGUGUCAUCAACACCGUUCGUCUAACAAGUUGUCAGAUCUCACAAUGUCCUGUAGUUUUGGUUGGAUGAGAAGCGCGGAUCUUCGACUGUUUCGUUGUAAACUGUUUGAUAAGGAUACCAUUUCAUUGCUGACAACUUGCAUGAGAUGGUCCCAUAUAGUCAAGAGGUUAUCCAUUUCCUACUAGAACGAUAUGGUCCUUGUACAAUACAAAGGGAAAUCACUGAAUUCAGUAGUUGAAGGAUAAAAGACUCACAGAUGCUUACAUCAACUAAAGUUGAAUAAUUGAUUAAUUAGCCAUUCACCUCACCUGGGUUGAGUGCAGCACAAUGUGGAUAAAUUUCUUGCUGAAGGAAAACAUGCAAUGGCUGGGAUUCAAACCCAUGACCCUCUGAUUAAAACACUAGAGACAGACCAUGAUGGUCCUACUUUCUGUUUGGGUGUUUAAACAAUUGUUUAUUGUCAAAGCUUUUGGGAAAUUGUUUAAUUGACUAUCUACAUUUUGUAAAAGUGUCAUGUUUCAUAUUGAAUGUUAUAACACCUGUCUAUGUUAUAAGCGUUAUAUUUCAGUUUGAGUUUGAAAGCGUCAUGUUUCAGUUUGAGUUUUUAAACUAUGUUUUAAGUGUCAUGAUUCAGUUUGAGUGUUUAAACAAGUGUCAUGUUUGUGUAACUGUCUGCAUUGAUAAAAGUUGUGUUUCAUUGUGAAUCAUUAAAAAGUUUGUUAUAAGCAUCAUGAUUCCAUUUGAGUGUUUAAACAACUUUCUGACUUGUAAAGUGCCAUGUUUCAGAUAAAGGGGUAAUUUAGACCUGAUAUGAGAUUUAAAGCCUUAAAAAAUUCUUAGUAUCUUGGAAUUUACAAAUUUUAAGGAAAAAAAGUUCAACUGCUCAUUUCCAAGAGCUCAAGUCAACUCUCAUUUAUGAGGUAGCAGCACAUUUUAGGCUACAUGCAUAUUUUGUUUCCAUUUUGUUAUUACAUUAAUAACCAGAGCUAUUAUUAUUAUUAUUCAAUGCCAUGCAAGGUGUAUGAUACUUUAUGGUAGCUUUUGUUUAACAAUUAUCCCUGUAAAUAGUUAAGAUUUAUUUAUUGUCUGGGUCACCACAAAAAGACAUCAUGCUAAAGGCUUGUGCAGACAUUGUGCAAUAUAUACUUUUUGUUAGCAACCACCCCAAUAACUUGCCAGUAAAGGUUCUCUUUGAAUAGCCAAAGUAGUAAUCUGGU